AUGUCUAGACCAAUGGUGGCUGAUGACCCCGUAGAGUUAGAUCAACUUACUACUCUUCCCAAUGGCGUUCGUGUCGCAACUGAAGCAUUACCCGGUCAUUUUUCCGGUAUUGGAAUAUACAUUGAUGCAGGGUCUAGAUACGAAAAUGAGGAUCUUAGAGGAGUCAGUCAUAUAAUGGAUAGAUUGGCAUUCAAAUCCACUUCGAAACGAUCAAGCGAUGAGAUGUUAGAAUCGAUAGAAUCUUUGGGGGGAAAUAUACAAUGCGCCUCAUCCAGAGAAUCUCUGAUGUAUCAAUCUGCCACAUUUAAUUCUGCGGUACCAACCGCUGUCGCCUUACUUGCCGAAACCAUACGCAAUCCUUUGAUCACCGAGGAGGAAGUCGAGCAACAGUUGGAAACUGCUGCUUAUGAAAUUGGUGAAAUUUGGUCCAAGCCAGAGUUAAUUCUCCCGGAAAUUGUACAUAUGGCUGCAUACAAGGGCAAUACUCUUGGAAAUCCUCUAUUAUGUCCGAAAGAGCGACUUUCAGAGAUCAACAGCGAUACUAUACAAGCAUACCGGGAUACUUUUUAUAGACCUGAAAGAAUGGUAGUUGCAUUUGCGGGUGUACAGCAUGACGAAGCAGUAAAGCUUGCUGAACAACAUUUUGGAGAUAUGCCAAAAUCAGCUCCCCUCUUGUCACAAACUGGAUCGGAAACAUCUUUCGACUCAUCAUCGAGUGAAACCAGCAGCAAUAGCUCAAUAUCAUCCUCUUCCUCUUCGCCACCACCACCAUCACCUACACAAAAGCCAUCCACCUUAAUAUCACGUAUCCCAUUCUUCAAGAACAUCUCCACUUCCGCACCCAAGAACGCCUCGGUUCGAAAUGGUUUUAUAAACCCCCUUGACCUCAACCAUCCCUCACAUUAUACAGGUGGAUUCCUCUCACUCCCUUCUCUACCACCACCAAUGAACCCCUCUCUCCCCGCGUUGAGCCAUAUUCACAUCGCUUUUGAAGCUCUUCCAAUUUCCUCGCCAGAUAUUUACGCCCUUGCCACUCUUCAAACCCUCCUUGGUGGUGGUGGAUCAUUCUCUGCCGGUGGCCCUGGCAAAGCGUUCAACCAUUCGUAUACCGAUUCUGGACUCUUUGGAAUUUCCGCAUCAUGUUCCCCAGGUUACGUCAAGAAUAUGCUCGAUGUUAUGUGUCGGGAACUUCAAAGUCUUACUCUCGAUACUGGAUUCAAUGCAUUGCAAACCGCAGAAGUCAACCGUGCGAAGAAUCAACUGAGAUCCAGUUUAUUGAUGAACUUGGAAUCAAGAAUGGUAGAACUAGAGGAUUUAGGAAGACAAGUACAAGUACAUGGAAGAAAAGUGGGGGUAAGAGAAAUGUGUAAGAAAAUCGAGGAAUUAACCGUCAAAGAUUUAAGAAGGGUGGCUACACAAGUCUUUGGAGGCUUGGUGAAUAAUGCAGGACAAGGAAGUGGUAGCCCAACUGUGGUUUUACAAGAAGGUGAAGAGGAAGGAAGAGUGUACAAAACUUUCAGUUGGGAUGAUAUUCAAGAACGAAUUCACGGGUGGAAAUUGGGAAGAUGGUAA